GCCGGUGUAUCUCACAAACGUGGAUUCCACUCCGGCAAUUCCUGGAUGAUUCCUGUGAAAGUAACAAGUGACAAUGGCUGACUCUACAGUUUCUUUCAUCCUCAUCACACUCUCAGCAAUCCUCCUUCGCUGGUGCAUUUCUCUAAAUCCGUAUUCAGGUGCUGGAAAGGCUCCAAUGUUUGGUGACUAUGAAGCUCAAAGGCACUGGAUGGAAAUAACAUAUAAUCUACCUGUGAAGGACUGGUAUGAGAACACCACUCAGAAUGAUCUGUUGUACUGGGGUUUGGAUUACCCCCCUUUGACAGCCUAUCACAGCUACCUCUGUGGUAUGGUAUCUAACUGGCUUAAUCCGGAGUGGGUGGCAUUGAACAGGUCUCGUGGAUAUGAAAGCUAUCAGCACAAGCUUUUCAUGAGAUACUCAGUGUUACUGGCAGACAUUUUGAUAUAUUUCCCUGCUCUUCUAAUGUUCUUCACGGCUAACAAGACGGCCAGUGGGAAUGCAGCCUUCGCUGUGCUGUGUGCUCUCAUCUACCCUGGACUAGCGCUGAUAGACUAUGGACAUUUCCAAUAUAACAGUGUAAGCCUGGGCCUGACUGUAUGGGCAGUGAUGUCUCUGUCCAAGGGUCAUGACCUCCUGGGCUCUAUCGCCUUUUGUUUGGCUCUCAACUACAAACAGAUGGAGCUCUACCAUGCCAUGCCAUUCUUCUGUUAUCUGCUGGGCUCCACGCUGCGUAACAAGGACGAAAUUAGAAUUUUUAAACUGGCUAAAAUUGGAGUUGUGGUCCUUGGUACAUUUGCCAUUUGCUGGUUGCCAUUUCUGAAUAAUAAGGAAUCUGCUCUACAAGUGCUACAGAGGUUAUUUCCCUUUGGCAGAGGGCUGUAUGAGGAUAAAGUGGCAAACGUAUGGUGUAGUGUUACAGUAUUAGUGAAAUUAAAACAGAUUUUGACUGUGGAUUCCUUAAUAAAAUUAUGUUUCUGCAGUACACUUGUGGGAUUAAUACCAUCAUCUAUCAACCUGCUAUUUAUCCCCUCAAUUCAGCGAUUUAAAUUAGCCUUGAUCAAUUCAGCUUUGGUGUUUUUCCUGUUUUCUUUUCAAGUUCAUGAGAAGUCCAUAUUGAUAGCUGCAUUGCCAGUGUGUUUGUCAUUACCAGAACAUCCUCUCGCAAGUAUCUGGUUUCUUCUCAUUUCUGUCAGUAGUAUGUUCCCGCUUUUGGUAAAAGAUCAGUUGGUCGUUCCUUACUUCGGUUCCAUGCUGCUCUUUACCAUUGUGACCUUUCUCUGCCUGAAACCUUUUGAAACGGAAACCUUCCGUAAAAACAAGUCUCUGGAAUGGAGCAUGUUCUUGUGUUUUGUGUUGUCGGUGUCCGGUGCGCAGAUUCAGAACGUUCUCAGUCUGAUAGUCCGGCCUCCUCCCACUCUGCCCGACCUGUUUCCGGUCCUUAUAUCCGUCUACUGAUGCGCUCACUUCGUCUUGUUCCUACUCUACUUCCACUGGGCUCAGUUAACAGUUACAGACUUCACACCCGAGGCACAGAAUGUUAGAGCCAACUUAAAACUGUCGGCCAAAAAGCGGAAGUGAAAACCUCUUCUGGACAGCUGCGGAUUCGCAGUGAUAUUCACAUCUUUUACUCUUCAAUUGCGGAUUCACUGUGAUAUUCACAUUGUCUACGCGUCAGUUGCGGAUUUAUCGUGGUAUUCAUAUAGCUAGGUGGCUGUAACAUUUGAAGGAACGGGGGAAACGACCAGAAUACAAUGUGGUUUGGUUAGCAAUAAAAAGUUUGACAAUAAAAAAAAAUAAAUUUUUGGAUUCGCCUUUGUUAUUGGUGUACAUCAAUUAACCAUGUUUCUCUGGCAUGAAUGGCGUUAAAAGGCAUCAUAAAUU